GUACGGUAAGUUGGCCCGUUCCACAAAGGAAAGAGAAAAAAAACUGACACUCCCUAUUCUACCCUUCCUACAAACGCUCCUGGAGCAGGAAAUUUGAAAUGGGAACGCUCUUGUUGUAGGGAAUUUGAAAUGGGGGAAGAGUUAUUUCCUCCCUGCUAUUAUAUGUUUUUAAUUUAAAAAGAUACAACAAAUGUACUUAGUGUGAUUGGUUGUGAUUCUCGUUUUUCUUUAAAAUGAUCAUGGUUCGAAUCUUAGUACUUGUCUUUUUAAUGAAUAAAAAAAGUAAUUGUGAAGACCAAAAUGUCCUUCCUACUUUCACUCUCGUUGCAGGAAAUUUGAAAUGGGGCUCCCGUUUUUCCCUUCGACGUAUUAUAUUAUAUUAUGUGUAGAUACAAGGAGGCUGAUUUGUGGUGGUUGCUUUUGCCAUUUCUAGUGUUUGCUUGAAUCAAUCCUGCACUUGACUUCUAACUUGGGUUAAAUCUAAAAACCGAUAGGUAUUCUCAUCUAGUUAAUCCAAGGUAACUAAUAUUCUAGCUAAUUAUAAUGUUAAUGCUUGGCUAGAUUUAGCCAAAUGCCUGGAGUGUUGGGGAGGAAUUAAUUAGUUCCACCAAAAGCAAGAAAUCCAAACAUGUACCAAAUCUUGUGAUAGAUUGAUGAACUUACGGUACUACUGGGUACAAGUACGAUCGUUAGGUGCAGACCAGAGCCAGGGUCGGAGAUGGUGGUGCUCGUGGCGUUGAUGUUUUGUUUUUGUCGAAGGAAGGAGAAGAGGGGAAACCGGCGGAUUGGAUUCUCCGGGCAAGGGAUUUGGAGGAUUGGUCAAUUUUGGGUUUUAAUUUAGGCUAGGUCAGAUCAUGGGUUAAUGGGUUGGGUCACAUUGGUCAGGUUUUUAUGAUGUGGAAAGCUUUAAUGACGUGGCAGGAUUGGAUUUUAUUUUAUUUUUGUCAAAAAUAGGUGACUAGGUGAGUCUGUUAGCCACGUCAGCAAAUAAUUGACGAUGUUAGCGGAGACUGACGGAAGGUAACGGAAAGUGACCAAACUUGAACCAUUUAACUAAUUUGAGUGACCAAGAUUGAAUUUAAAUAUUUCUAGUGACCAAACAUGAACGCUUUUUAUAAUCUCAGUGACCAACAAUGCAAUUAACCCCCAGAUUUCAUUCGAAUCCUGCAAUCUCUUCGUUGCGAGUUGUAACUUGUGACUCCAAUUCUCCAUUGCAAAUCAUCAAUAGCAACUCUUCAUUGGAGAUACAAGCUUUCCCCGUUGGUGCAUUUGGGUAAUGCAACUCUUCGUCAGAUUUGACGGUUUCCCAGAUUUUGAUUCUUCUCCUUGCUUCGUUGUCCAUUCAGUAAGUGAUUAGCCGAUUCGGUAGAAGUGGGUGAUCUCUGCGCCAUGGCAUCUCGGUGAGUCUUCGAACAACACUUCUAUUUCUCCAAUUUGUUACUGGGUUCCUCUUACCGUAACUGGUGUUUUUGGGUUUUUGUUACUAGUUCCUCUUUCCGGCGGCGACCAGAUGGGCAACUCACCUCUCUCCGAAUUCCUUCGUUGACUGAGGCCUGAGGGCAAACUAUUUCCUCCGCCGAUCGACCCGUCAACGACGAAGAGACAGAAGCAGACCGCAGACGUCGAGAUCGGCGAUUUGCCCAACAACUCCUCUGGGUUCGAAGCUUCUGGUCACCGUACUAAACAGCAGGAAGCUUCUCUAUCUGUCGUUCUGUUCUUCCACCUCACAUAUGAAAUUCCUGUAAGCUCCUUUUCGGAAUGAUGCUUCCAUUCAACUCUUGUCCUGUGGCAUCCUCUAUAAACAAUCAUCGCCUACAACUUCCCCUGCUGUGUUUCCCCUCUGUUCCUGCUAGUUCCUUCACUUUCUGUAUUCUUUGUGGUAAUCUGUAAUACUGAUUUUAGAGUUGGCUAAUCAAGUUUAUCAAUUUGUGAUCUGUUGUUUAUCCAGUGGGGUGAUUUUGUUUAGGUGCUGGAGUUUUGGGUUAGAAGACUAUUUAGAGUAAUGUACCUCCCAUACAUCCUCAAAGUAUACCUUUCAUGCAUAGUUCUUUCAGUUUUAUCCCCUUCUUUUUGGUUGACAUAUGGAACAGUGCAGUUGGCCUAUCUUUGAUCUUGUGUAGCUAGCUAGUAAUUGUUCACAAAACUCCACUACUGUUGGAUACUGUAGUACUGCAGGGGGAGUUUAGAUGGUGAUAAUUAGGUCCCAUGAAUCUGUGUUUGCUAGCUAUACAUUUCAAGUGCAUUACUGUUUACUAAACCGUAUAUGAUCGAGUUUUUAAUAUAGAUAGGGUUUCUUGUGAAAUGGAUUGGAUCAGGUUUUCUCAAUCAUUGGAUUCAGCUGAAGAUUGGUAGUGGGUUCUUGGCCACUGGCAUGUUCUUGGAAAAACCAGGGUCCAAAUGGAUGUAGGCAUUAGCGAUGAGAGCUUGUCUCCUCCACGUGCCAAGUGGAGGAAGGUGGCAUAUGGAGGGAUGCAACCUGGAUUCGAUGACAAUCACACUGAUGAGUCGUUUCUCGAAGAUAUGGUGAUGAAUGCCAAUGUCGUGAAAAGGGACAUAGCGAAGGUGAUCUUGGACUCUGUUUCCAUCUCUCAGUACCUCUGCAUUGUUUCGCUUGUCAUCUUGGUAUGGACCCACAGCCUCCAAUCUACCCUGGACGAGUAUUCCCUGCUGCUUCUCGAUGUCUGUCUUCUGGCUUCAGGCUUCGUCAUUCUGCUACUAACCAGAGAAAUGUCUUCGCUCCGUCUGUUCUUCCACUAUCUCCUCAACAUUGCGUUCUUCACUACGGGAUUAUAUGUGCUGUCGCCUAUAUACAACACCCUGACUAGGUCGAUAAGCUCAGACACGAUCCUGGCAGUGACAGUUUCACUUAUUAUUCUCCAUCUCUUCCUCCAUGACUAUUCAGGAUGUCCCAUAGGGGUUCCAGGAGGAGCCUUAUUCACAGCUCCAAGCUUGACCAGUUGUGUGAGCUUAAAUGCUUCUGUGGUUGCUUCAGUAUUUAUUGCCUCCCGCCUUCGGUCGAGGCUUCACGUGUUUGCUGCCAUGCUGUUCUCUAUGCAAGUCUUCCUGUUUGCCCCAUUCGUCACUUACUGCAUCAAGAAGUGUUCUUUCACGCUUCACCUUGCCUUCUCCUGUGGGUUGAUGGCCUUGACACUCAGCCUCGUGUAUGCGCUGCACAAGCUGCUGUUUGUAGUGUUGUUGGGUUUGUUGGUAUUUGUCAGCGUCGUUUGUCCUUGCUGGUUGAUAAGAAUCCAGGAAUACAAGUUUGAGAUAAAUGGUCCAUGGGAUGAAGCUAAGCUUUGUUUUGACAUAAGGGAUUGAGAUUUGAGAGUUGGUUGUUUCAUGUUUGCUGUAUAGAAACUGUUGUACGUUACUUUUGCGGGCUUUGUGUUCGCUCUUCUAGUUUCAAUUGUUACUUGAACUAGAAUCAAUACAGCCACAGGAUUUUUUUAGAGCAAUGUAGUAUUUUUUAGAAAUACAAUAAUAGUAACAUGAAAUAGUUACAAACUAUGUAGACCUAGUAUGUCAUAAAAAUUAUUCACAAAGCAUAAAUCAGGACAUACUAAACUCUGCCAAAAGCGUUAUUUUAAACUUAAAGCAAAUCUUAUGCAUUUACUCUAAUCAAUAUUAGAUUAUUAUGUUUCAUACUGAGACCACCCAGAGAAAAUAUAUUUUACAAAUCAAAUUCAUUAAUAUCACAUGUUAAAUCAAUCCAUACCCAUCUUACUAAAGUUAGUUAAUAGUUCAUUAAAAAGCAACCAAAAAGAUUGGCUCAAAUUCUCAACUCUCAAAUCAGUUGCCCAUGCUUCAAGACGACAGUUGAAAAGAAUGAUGUUAAUUGUUAAAGCUUCUCUUUUCCUUGUUCCUCUUCCCCUUCCCCCGACUAUCUUCUUUCAAUUUGUAAAAAAAGUUGUCUAAGAAGGCAGUAAUCUUCCAACAUUCAUAAUGCACUCUAAACAUCUCAUGCGGAGAAACAGCAAGUGAACAUCAGAAGACAACUAAAACUCAAGCUACAAUUACCAAAUAAGAGAUCACAUGGUAAUGGAGAAUGAGUAGUAUAGGUUGAGAAUUAAGACCUUUGUUAUUAGAUUGUGCUUCAAAGUUUGAAACCAAUCCACCACUGUUGCAACAUCCAACAAUUAGUGAUGAGAGAAUGGAAGUUUGGCUUAUCAGAAAGAAAAGAAGUUGAUGGCGUAAGAGUGAUGGAGAGACGAUUCUGAAUGGUAGAAAUUUGGGAUGGGUGUGUCUGGAUAGGGAAUAGUAUGGGAAAAGGAUUCGACAGGGAGAGGGAAAGUUAAAAAUUUGUAUUUCAUGCUCUCGGAAGUCAGAGGGAAGGUGAAGGAUGGUACACUGGACCUUGUGGGAAGUCUAAUUCUUUUCUUUUCCUUUUGACAGUCACUGGGUUUUUGUAUAUUAUCAGUCAGCGAGGAUUUUGGUGAGAACGGGGCAACUGGCAAGGGUGUCAAGCAAUCAAUUUACCAAAAAAUGUUUUUAUAGGUUAAAACAAUAGCAUCCAAUAAAUCUAUGGGUGUCAUGUAUGCAAUGUAUGGCACAAACAAAACAAUUAAAUAAUAUUAUUUAUUCCACGGUAUACAACGCUGGUGUAUCAUGCAUUUUAGAAGUCCUUAGAAAAGAAUCAAGAAUACAAAUUGAAUGAACAUAGGCUAUUUCAUAAGUUUUUGUUUUUAGACACACUUAUAGGAAUAGAACAAACAAUUGUGCAACCAGGAUGGAGGGGCAAAACAAACUCAACUUCCAACCUGAUAUGCUAAUUGCUUGAAUCAUGGUAUGUAUGUAUAUAUACCCUGCAAGCACAGGUGAAUAAUCAGAGCAUAAAGCUAUGUACAAUUGUACGUGGGCACCGGGUCGUGCCACCCACAGGCUAGCAUGGCAUGGCACGGUUAGAGCACAACACAAGCACGAGCACGAAAUAAAUGGACCAGCCCAGCACGAGCAUGAGUAAUUUAUGGGCCGUGCCGGGCCUAAACUUCAUGGGCACGGGCACGACACAGUAUAUAAGUGGGCCGUGUCGGGCCUAAUAUUUUAGAGACUUUAUUGAGUAUAAGAAUGGACAUGGCACGAUAAUAAUAUUUAUUUGAUAGAAAAUAAGUAUAAAAAGAAUUAUAGGUUCAAAUAGUACAAAACACAAGUAGAAAAAUAAUUAUUUGUUGUUGUUAGAAGUGUUAUAAAGAUAUGUACGUAAUUACUAACAUAAGGAAAAAUGGACAAAGAAUUAAGCAAAGCCAAAUCACACUCGCUAUACUUUCAUUUUUAUUUUCUCCCCUAUUUGUUACUUUUCUCAAACAAUACUAGAUAAAUGGCCCGCGCGUUGCCGCGGAUUGUUUGAAAAUUUAGCAUUUAUCAAUUAGUUAGCAUUCAAGAGUAAUCAUACUUUAUUUGAGUUGAGGAUUAAAAUGAACGUUUUAAAUUCGUUAAUCUUCAAGAUAUCAUAAUAAUUAUGGAUUAGAUACUAAAUAAUUAGUUAAAUAGAUUCAAUGAGAGGGUUGUACCUAUUGACUUAUGAGAGAAUGGGAGAAAAACUUAGGAUAGUUUUGGCAUGCUACUGAGUAUGGUUAGCAAAACUUCUUCAAUUAGGCGAUCACCCCUUUUCCUUUGUUGUUUUGUUAAUCAAGCUCACCUCUUUCUACUCAUAUGUUCCCGUUUUUUGUAAAUUAUAUGAAGAACCAAAGCUAGUUAAUUAUUGUUUUUAGUUAUCUGGUCUUGGUUUUGGCAAGGAAGAUGUUUAGAUUCAAACAACAAAUCUAUUGGUGAGAAGAAAGCCGUUUAGACUCGUGAAAUUUGAAGCAUGCCCCUCCUCAAAUUGAGAAAAAUAAGCAACCGCGUAAGUAAUCAACCAAUUAAGUAAAAAAAUAUUUGAUUACAUGUGAACUGUUCCAAUCCUGCAUAUGGAAGGGUUUACAUUUGAUGACACAGUUUCGAACAGUGUGGAAUCGUAUAAUAUCUUACUAUGGUUCUCUUAGUACAACCAUCAAAAUUUACAUCACUUGAUAAUCAAUAUGAAUCCCUUCAAAAAGGAAAAAUAAACCCUAAUUGUGUCUAUUGGCUUCACCUUUUGCGCAAUGAACAGAACUGACAAUGAAAACAAAAACAUGAUAUCAAGGACGUAUUGAGGAAUGAAGAAAAAGCAACAACAGGCCGGAGUUCUCCCUGAACAAAUCCACCCCCAACAGAAUUUGCAAUCAGAAAAUCCUUUUUGCAGUUGAAACUGAGAAAGAAAGAAGAAGUCUUGGGCUUGGUUCUGCAGGCUGCAGCUGAAGUGAUGCAGUUGUAGUCUAUGUUGACUAUAACAAAUAAUAUUUCGCACUUAAUCUCAUCAAGAUCCAUUCUCAAACCAUUGUCAACUUCUAGCUUGGGGAGAGCAGAAAUUUCAACUGCAUUUCAAACCUGAUUUCUGUCAUUCAAAGAAAAGGAACCAAUGAAAUAUGCAAUUCUCAGUAGCCCCAUAGAUCAAUAGAAUAAACAUACUUUGUGUCUCUACGAUUAAAUUAAAGCAUCAAUUCUCCGUGAAUCAGUUCAGUAGCCCCAUUAUGAAUGGUCUUCAUUACCGUCAAGCUUCUUAAGGACUUCCAGCAACCCAUAUUGUGUUCUAGAUUUCUAGUACAUGCAUUCAUUCCAGAAGAACAAAGGCUAUCAUGGCAUGUGAUCAACUUGCAAUGACUAAGAAGGAAGGGGGUCUGGGAAUCAAAUGUACGUCUCAGG